AUGUCUGCCAAUACGCGCCGCGAAUUCUACAUGAGCAUUUCCGCAGUGCGCGGAUUUAAGGACGAGAGCUUUGAAGAAAGACGUUUGCAGGACUAUUUCCAGGCGUAUCAGAUGACUGGACAACCUCCAGCUCCCUGUCCGCUAGAACCGACGGGCGCAGCUGAGCGUGCCGCACUGGGUCUUCCCCCGCUCUUUGAGCCACUCGCACAUGAAGCGACCAACUAUGAUGACAGAAUCAUGAAUGGUGUGCCCGCACUACCCACCGUCGCACUACCCGUCGCUGCUGCACCCGUAGCUCCUGCAGCACUACCGAACGUACAAGCCUUCCAACCCACAACUGUACAGGGCGAGGUGCAUGGAGCGUGGUUUCAGUGCAUUGUCUGUCAGCCAGAAUUUUCGGGCUACUCUUUCGAGGAGCUUCGCCUCUUAGCAUACAGCAAGGGACUCAAAUUUGCGGCGGUGCCUCCGGUCGCCCAACCCCCUCCGCCUCAAGUCCCUGUCGCCCCCGUUGUGCAUAUCGCACCUAUUGCGCCUGCCGCACCCGCUCCAGCUUCUGUGCAAGAGAGGUUGCAGAGUAUUUCGUGUACCGCGGGCUACAGCAAGCACAGCUUCGAGCACACCCGGCAGGAGCUUCACUUGGCUUAUGUGCGGGCUGGCCGCCCGCUGACGUCCAUGGAAAUAAUUCACCAAAACGCCCAGCUGAAAAUCGCAUAA